AUGAACAAUGUGGUAUCGGUAGCGUCUCAGCUGCUUGCUAGGCCUGUCCUAUCCUGUGCGAGAUGGCCUGCGCCAGGUCACUUGCUCGGCCUAGCCAGGCAGGUCUCGAGGUCGAGUGUUUCUACUAGACGCAAGCAGGCUCUCUCAGCAGUACGCCUUCCUAAACCUCCACGGAUACAGCAACGAUCCUUCUGUCAAUGCCACCGAUCACAAUUCCAGGCAACCUCGAUCGCGGCCGCGAUUCGGGCAAGGAAUCCUCAGAAAGAAAAGACCGAGGAGCCGGAAGAGAAAGGGCUCGCUUUCAGGUCUUCGGACCUAACCUCGCGAGAGCUUAGCGAUGUAUUUGGCCCGCAAUAUCCCAAGGUCCAAGUCGCCAACCGACUGCUGCGCGUUCUGCAAGGUCGUCGCAAUGACGGCACCCUAGACCUGCCACUGCCUCCCGAUCUGCAGGCGGUGACCAGUGCAUUUCCUUACGUGUUUGAUUCUGGACUCCAGUGGCUGAGAAUCAACUAUCCCAUCGACGAAGAUGCUGCCAUAGUUGCCCGUCUGGAGCGAGAAGAGCUUGGGCAAGACUAUUCACCGUCAGAGCUAACGCAGCGCGGUCAGGAUAUUGGUCUGUAUGGCCCUCAGAGCGGCUACUACCAUGCGCCGCUGUCAGAAUCUGAUCGUGAAGGCGAUGUAUGGGGAAAGAGCGAGCUCGAGCAAAUUCGGGCCGAGAACGAGGCCAAGGCUGCCCGGGAAGAGGAAGAAUUACAAGCAGAGAUCGACCAGAAGAUGGCAGAAGAACAGCUCAGGCUAGAUGAGGUCAAGAAAGAGAAGCUGAAAUUUCAGGAAGCACAAAAGCAACAGGCCGACAGCAAGUACGUUGCCGCUCUGCCCGAGUCAGCCCUGUCUACAGACGUCAAACCUCUGCGGCCACCGAACGAGUACGAGAAAUGGAUCAUCCGACACAAGAAGGAAGCAACCAGCAACAUGGAACUAGAGUCACCGGAAGUGGCCGAGCUCAGUACAGCGCGUCGUCUGCUUCCGUCCGCUUUCUUCGUUGCGCUUAUCUGUAUCGGCUGCUACCUAUAUGCGCAGUACUGGACACCUCCUCGCCGCGCCAAUCGAGUCUGGCCUGAUGUGCCACUGACAUACGCCACAAUCGGUGCGCUAUUUCUCAUGAACCUCGCAGUCCUAGCAGCAUGGCGCUUUCCGCCCCUGUGGAAGACGCUGAACAAAUACUUCAUCAUGACGCCCGGAUACCCACGUGUGCUGAGCAUGAUUGGCUGCACCUUCAGCCAUCAAUCGCCACUACAUUUCCUGAACAAUAUGGCCGGUCUUGCAAUCAUCGGCACAGCAUUGCAUGAAGAGGUCGGACGAGGCAACUUCCUCGCCAUAUACCUCGCAGGCGGCGCGAUUGCGAGUCUCGGCAGCUUCGCUCACUAUGCUCGGUGCGGGAUCUUCAUCACCAGCAGUCUCGGCGCCAGCGGCAGUGUUUGCGCGGUCGUUGCCGCGCUUUUGUGGCUGAAUGCUGACAAGAAGUUCACGAUCAUCUUUGCACCAGAUGCAUGGAAAGACUGGCUAUCCGCCGACGGCCGGACGCUUACUGCAGCUAUAGUAAUGUGGGAAAUCGGCUCGAUGGUUUUCAAGAAAGCAAGCAAAUUUGAUCAUGUUGGUCAUCUAUGGGGCAUGCUCGCUGGUCUUGUGAUAGCGCAAGCAAUGCGGAGGACGCGAAUGAAGGAUGAGCAGCACUCGGCAUCGAAGGGGUAUGUCGGGGUCGGGGGCCUCUACCACGAGUUGAGAAACCGUAUCCUGGUGCCUGAGUCAAAGAGGAAAGGAGAGACUGGGGGCGGGCGCGACAUGGGUGCUGAUUAG